AUGAAACUCAACAUGGACAUCUGGUAACCAAAUUGAAAGCAGAGUCUACAAAAUAUGGAAAGAUACCCAUCAAUGUACAAAUGCAGCAAUUCCAUGAAACCCAUGGGAAAAUAAAGAAAGAUGCCUUUUUCAAAAACAUAAUGGUGAGAGGGUCAAUUUAAACUACCCUCCUUAGCCAUCGCCACCUGCAGCUGGAGGUUCCAUUACACACUCUUUCAUAAUUGUGUCCCUAACCUAUGGCUAUUCAAACUCGAUUCUGAUGAAAGGUUACAGACCUGAAAGGCCAGUCCUGGUUUUCUCUCUGCAUCAAAUGCUGCUAGAUCGGAUAAGUAUUUUCAUUUUUGUUGUUGUUUUCACUGCUGUUCAAACUCAGUGGCUUUGCAGCCGCCAGGGGGAGGUUUUCAUUCCCAUCCUGUCCCAAAGGUGGGCAAAGAAAUCUCCUGCUAAGUAUCAUCUACUGUCCUCAGCUGAUGAAUGGGCACUCCUUCAUAUUGAACAUCACAUGGAAGAACAAUUGAAGAUGAGAGCCCUCAACUCCUAUUUUGAAACGGGUGUUCAGCCAUCUUCCUCUGCAAUGGAGUCUACCUCACAGUUGAUUGAGAGGACUGAUUUCCAGGGAUGCAUUGACUUGACAGACACUGAUAAUGAGCAGACCAGCAAGGGAAAUACUGAACAGCCACAAGUAGAUGAAAGUCAGAUCUUGUUGUUAACGUGGAACAUAGAUGGACUUGAUCUGGCAAACUUGCAGGAAAGAGCACGGGGAGUUUGUGCUUGCCUAGCACUAUAUAGCCCUGAUAUAGUGUUUCUUCAGGAAGUUAUUCAACCCUAUUACCUUUACUUAAAGAAACGAGCAGUCAGCUACACAAUUAUUCCAGGAGAUGAAGAUGACUACUUCACAGCCAUUAUGCUGAAAAAAUCUCGAGUGAAAUUAUUGGAACAAGAAAUAACACCUUUCCCAACCACUUCCAUGAAGAGAAACCUUCUUGCUGUUCAGGUGAACAUUGCAGGAAAUGAACUCUGUUUAAUGACAUCCCACCUGGAGAGUACUAAAGCACAUUCACAGGAACGAGUCAAACAGCUGGAGAUUGUACUAAAGAAAAUCAAAGAAGCACCAGAAAAUGUCACAGUAAUAUUUGGUGGUGACACCAAUUUGAGAGAUCAAGAGGUUACAAAGGUUGGAGGUUUGCCGGAAGGUGUCUUGGAUGUCUGGGAGUUCUUAAACAAACCUGAACAUUGUCGGUAUACUUGGGACACAAAAACUAAUAAUAACCUGAAAGCUCAGUACACUUGCAGACUCCGCUUUGAUCGUGUGUUUUACAGGGCAGCCAGUGAAGGGCAGAUAGUUCCACAACAAAUGACCCUUGUUGGACAAGACAAGUUGGAUUGUGGGCGUUUUUGCAGUGAUCACUGGGGGCUCCUGUGUGACUUUGAUGUCAUAUUGUGAGUCUUAGCUGUGGUGGGUAGAGUAGAAGGCAACACUCAGAAUAUAAUACACAUGAAAUCUCUACUGAGGUGAUUUGUAAUAACUCAGUUAUUCAGAGUACUUUGAAUGAUCAGCUGUCUUAUCAUGUUUUCCUGAUUAAAGUGAUCAUGCCAGUUCACACUUGUGUUUCCAAUCGCCUUCUGAAGAACCAGAGGAGUAGAUUUAGUGAAACAGGAAAGUUUCAGCUGUGGUGAUAUAGGCAUUAAGUUGUGUUAUUGGAGCAGAGAUUCUAAUAGGCUGUGUAUGCUUAAUGCUGAAGCAGAGUUCUUUCAGUGGUAAUUGUUUCGUUCAUUAGCACAUCUCUUGCCUUGCUGAGUAUAACUUAAUUACCCUGCAGCUUGUUUUUAAAACAUUGUGACAGAAUGCUUUUUAAGGUUGCUGUCUUGUUUCUUUAUCAUUAUAGCUGUGUUCAGAGAGCUUAGAAAUUUGACGUUGGUGCACUUGUAGAGUGCAGAAGGCUUCAAGAUGCAUUAUGUAAAAUGUAAUCUUAAAUUAUGAAGACGGCAGAAGUCACCGUCCUCUUAAAUAUCAAUGUGUAAUUGAUAAAACACAAUCUUUGCUUUUAAAUAUGUUCCUAAUAUUAAUGUUGAGAAUAAAGAAAUCUUAUAACCACU